GCGCUGCACAACAUGGCGCGGCGUGUGGUGGGAGACCGUUCCCAUGUGCGCAUGAACUGCGCAUGGAUUGAAACGGAACGAUCUCGUGCGCUCCUAUGCGCAUCAUGCGAGAAACGGAACGCACCCUUUGUAUCGCUGUACGCACGUUUGUCUGUUUACAUACUUCAAUAGAUAGAAAUACAUACAGGUUAUGUACAUACGUGUGAGAGUUUAUAUAUAGAGUUUCAUAUAUUAAAUCUUGCGUGUGCAUUAAUGUGCGCAUAAACGACGUAAAUAAUGGAAGUAACUUGUUCCAACUUUCAGGACGUAUUAUCUGAAUUAGAUAGCAUCCUACAGAAUGCUACUUUUCUCAGUAUCGAUGGUGAAUUCACCGGCCUUAAUUCAGGUCCAGAUGCUGGUCCCUUUGAUACACCAGCUCAAUAUUAUGCCAAACUCCGAGCAGGAUCGAUGGAUUUUCUGCUUGUACAGUUUGGUUUGUCCAUCUUCACAUAUGACUCACAAACUGAUAAAUAUUCUCAGCGUUCUUAUAAUUUUUAUGUGUUUCCCAAACCGAUGAAUCGUCACGCACCGGAUUGCAGGUUUAUGUGUCAGACAUCUUCGAUAGCCUUUCUAGCAAAUCAAGACUUCAACUUCAACAAACUUUUCAAGUAUGGCAUACCGUAUCUCAGGGCAAAUGAAGAAGAGAAACUUGCUAAACGCUUGGAAGAAAAACAAAAAAUCAAAGAAGAGAACAAUCAAGACUUGAUUCCGAUAUCAGAUAAUGACAAACCUCAAAUAGAGGAAAUAUGUUCCAGAAUAGAGGGUUUUCUGGCCUCGGAUGCUGAAGAAAUAAUAAUAGACAAAUGUAAUGCUUUUAUAAGAAGACUUGUAUACCAGGAGACUAGAAUUAGGUGGCCCAACAAAGUGAGAGUUGAAAGUAAAGUUGAAAAUACUUGGCACUGUCUUUCCAUACAGAAAGCAGGUACUAAAGAGGAAGAGAAAAAAAAAGAGAAUCAAAAACGCGAGAACGAGAAAUUGGAAAUGAAACAGGCUGUAGGAUUUAGCAAUCUUUUGAAGAAGAUUGUAGAAUCUGGAAAGAUAAUAGUAGGUCAUAACAUGUUACUAGAUCUGUGUCAUAUUGUGCAUCAAUUUUUUACACCUCUGCCAAAUGAUUAUCUAGAAUUCAAGACAUUGAUUCAUGAUUUAUUUCCUAGCUUAUUGGAUACAAAAGUCAUCUGUCAAUCACAACAAUUUAAAGAGCACGUAACAUCGUCGAAUUUAAAUGUAUUAUUAGAUAUCGUCAGCAAGUCCCCAUUCUCUAUUCCUGAUGUGGAACCUGUGGAAGGACAUAGUUAUUCAGUAUCAACAGAAAAAUCUCAUGAAGCAGGAUAUGAUGCGUACAUUACUGGAUUAUGCUUUAUUGCAUUAUCCAAUUAUCUUGGCACAUUGCAGAAGUCUGAAAAUGCCAUGGUACUAGCAAAUUCUCCUUUGCUUAAUCCUUUUCUCAAUAAACUUCCAAUUGCAAGACUGAAAGACUUUCCAUAUGUGAAUUUAGUAGGAAAAGAUCCAAAUCCUAGCAGAGAUCACGUGUUUCACAUAACAUUCCCUAAGGAAUGGAAACAUACGGAUAUAAGUCAACUUUUUAGUCCAUUUGGCGGUGGUUAUGUUUCAUGGUUAUCGGAUACGUCCGCAUACAUAGGUUUAUACCGUCGCGAUCAGGCCGGCAUUGUGAUGCAGGCUUUAGCCAGACAGACUACCUGCAAAGUACAAAAAUAUUCAAACCAUCAAGUCUCCUUACAGACCGACGUUUCUCUCGAGAACCGUAAACGCAAAUUGUCAUCGCCUGAGAACGCCGCCAUGAAAGAUAAUGGAAAAUCGACUACUAACGGAGCGAAUACACACGAAGACGAGUGGAAAGUUGCUACUGGUAAAAGGCGCAAGAAACGCAAAGAUCAAGCGACAACAGGUGAUGCAGUCGACAAAAAGACUUUCGCGGAAGAUAAUUCUUGGAAUUAGCUGCAGAAGAAUUUCGACUAUACGA